UUCAGCCACCUCCUGACGGCCAUGGACAGCAGCACGCCCACGUCGCACUGGGCCCGGAACCAGCUGACGGAGGCUCUGGAGAACACCAUGGCUGCGCUCACAGGGAUACAGACGGUGCUCUGGGAGGGCAGCUGCGCUGUGGAGUCGUCUGUAACAGUGACCUCUCCUGUGGCCAGCAUGAUGCUGAGCAGCCGCAACGCCUCCACUUUGCCCCGGAGCUCGUACCACCUGGCUCAGCCAGUGCCUCUGACGCUGGCCUUCCCGUCAGCCUCUGCCUGGGCAGUGCUGCUGAGCAAACACCCCCGUGUGCAGGUCCGGGUAACAGUCCUGGCAGUCAACCCCUUCAAGCACCUGGACGGGAAGGAGAUCAGGAGCGUUGGGAACAUCUUCCUCACCGCCAACAAGGAAUCUAUCCAGGUGCAGGACUUAUCCGAGGACAUCGAGAUCCGGCUGUGGAGAGACGAGAGCACAGAGACAUCCUCCACUGGCCUCAACAUCAGCACAGAGGAGUUUGUGAUCGAGGUGAACGUCACGUCCAUGGAAGACGCCCUGAUCCUCCGUGUGCUACCCGACAUUCCCCUGCCAAUCGAGCUCUACCUGGGCUACCAGCACCCGCCCAACAGCACCCACUCUCUCCUCAACACCACCCUGCCCACCGGCCAUGGGCAGCACGCUGGUGACAACUACACUUGGGUGCUGCCCCCAGCGAUGCUGCAGCUCGGCCCAGGCCCCUACCACGUAACGGCCAGGGUAAGGCAGAGCCCGGAGCAAGAGCUGCCAAGCCAUGUGACAUACACGAUCACCACCAUCGCCACGCAGUGCCACUUCUGGGACCACCACAGGAAGGCCUGGAGACAGGACGGCUGCCAGGUGGGACCUCAGAGCACAGUCAGCAGCAUCCAGUGCCUGUGCAACCACCUCAGCAUCUUUGGCAGCUCCUUCUUCGUUGUGCCCCGGACGGUGAACAUUCAGGACACAGGCAAGCUCCUAAGCACGGUGGCCAGCAACCCGAUUGGGGUGGCCUUGCUGGGCAGCCUGCUGGUGCUCCAUGGUGUUGUUGGCGUGUGGGCGUGGAGGAGAGACCGGGUGGAUGGGAGAAAGGUGAAGGUCACAGUCCUGGCAGACAGCGACCCCAGGGCUCACGUCCGGUAUGUGGUCCAGGUCUUCACUGGAUACCGCAGGGGAGCAGCCACCACAGCGAAGGUCGUGCUCACACUGUACGGGACAGAGGGACGGAGCGAGCCGCACUGCCUGCGGGACCCCCACAAGCCUGUGUUUGAACGUGGUGGGCUGGACGUCUUCCUCGUAACCACCUGGAGCUCCCUGGGGGAGCUGCACAACAUCAGGCUCUGGCAUGACAAUUCUGGCCCCAGCCCUUCCUGGUACGUGAGGCAGGUGGUGGUCAGCGACGUGACAGCCAGGAGGAAGUGGCAUUUCCUCUGCAGCGCCUGGCUGGCUGCGGACCUGGGUGACUGCCAGCUCGAUCAGAUCUUCCCAGCAGCCUCCAGGAGCGAGCUACUCUCCUCCAGGCAUCUUUUCUGCUCGGCGCUUGUGGAGAAGGUGACACACGACCACCUGUGGCUGUCGGUGCUGACCCACUGCCCCUGGGACCCCUUCACACGGCUCCAGCGCCUGGCCUGCUGCCUGACACUCCUGCUCUGCACCAUGGUCAUCAACAUCAUGUUCUGGAGAGACCCACCGGAGGCUGGCAACCAGGCAGCCCUGCAGCCAGCAGGGCGCGUCCUGCUCACCUGGCAGGAGCUUGUUACCAGCGUGCAGACCGCGCUCAUCCUGCUCCCUAUAAACCUGGUCGUUGGGCAAAUCUUCCAGCUGGUCCCACCGCAGGAACUGCCGCUGCCCCCCACAGGCAUCCGGCUCCCGCGGGCCUCUGCACCCCCCUGGGAGGCGUCCCCCCUCAAGCGCAUCACGCAGGAGCUGAAGGCGACAGUGGGGUUUCUGUCCAGGACCAAGCUCUGCCUAGAGCCCGAGGCUCUGCCCCAGGAGAUGGACAGUGUCCCUGAGCUGGUGCGUAGCCUCUGCUGCCUUGUCGGCUCUCACCUCCGGAGCGCCAGCCGCAGGGGUGUGGAGCCAGCGGAGCCCUGCCUGGUUAACGAGAGUUAUCACCAUCUCAGCAGCCACCUGAGCCACGUGCUGGGGCCGCUGCCGGCCCAGCUCCGAGCCCUGGACCUGAGCAAGCUCUGCAAUCCCCACGACUACCUCCAGGCAGCCAGCCGGCUGCAGAGCCUGCUGGAGCAGCUGGAGCAGCCAGGCCCGUGCCAGGAGCCUGGACUGGCCAGGGGCGGGAGGAGCUUCCCCAUCUCGGAGCCCCGAGGGCAGAAGGCCACCAUCACCUGCUGGCUCCCGCGAGAGGCUCUGUUCAUCUGCUGGGUCACCGUGGCUGCCACCAGCCUGGCCUCAGCCUACUUCACCGUCCUCCUCAGCCUGCAGCUGGACAGGCAGAGAGCCACCAGCUGGGUCGUCUCCAUGCUGCUCUCUCUCCUCCAGAACAUCUUCAUAAUGCAGCCACUGAAGGUGGCUGGGCUCACCCUGCUCUUCUCACUGGUGCUGAAGAGGAUGCUCUGGCAGGACAAGGGGAAGGAGCAGCAGCUGCAGAGGAUCCUGGCUCUCCUGGCCAGGUGCCCCUACUUGGAGCUGCCUGGGACAAGAGACUGGAAUGACCCCGUCUACCACCCCCCAUGCCCAAGACCAGCGCCCCCUCGAAGGGGGAGGACCUGGAGGAAGAAGAAGCUGUACACACAGCUGGCAGAGAUCGUAGUGCAACUCGUUCUCCUGGCCUCGCUGAUGGUCGUGUGCUACACGGAGCGGAGCCCCCACGAGCUGUACUUCAAUGAGGCCAUUCGCAAGAGCAUCACCCCCAACUUCUACCGCAUCCGCGGCCUGGGGGACUUCUAUGGCUGGGCCCACGGCACGCUCCUGCCUAGCCUUGAUGGGCCACACCCAGGGUUCAUCUCAGACGGAAACGCCCUCCUCCUCGGCAGCGUGCGACUGCGGCAGCUCCGUCCCCAGCCACAGCACCAGCUCUGCUCCUGCCACCAGCAGGACACUGGGGGCCAUGGGGCUGGCUGGGGUCCCCCUGGCCAGAGCAGGGGGGCACCGGAUAGCAUCUGGGUGAAGCACGGCGCAGAGAGCCUGGGGGAAUACCCCGUGUGGGGGCAGCUGUCCCUCUACCCGGGAGGAGGCUACCUGGCACACCUGGGAACCAACUCCAGCCAUGCACACAGUGUCCUGCAGUACCUGGAGCGGAGCCAGUGGCUGGAUGGAUGCAGCUGCGCCAUCUUCGUGGAGUUCACAGUCUACAACGCCAAUGUGAACCUCUUCUGUGUGGUCACCCUGCUCCUGGAGACGCCCGGGACAGGUGCCUUCCUCCCCUCUGCGGAGCUGCAGAGCAUCCGCCUCUACAGCAGCAGCGGCUUGACCCAGCUGACCUGCGCACAAGGCACCUACCUCCUGCUGCUGCUCUUCUACACCUGGGUGCAGGGGCGGCGGCUGAAGCAGCAGAAGUGGAGAUACUUCAGCAGCCAGAGAAACGUGCUGGACAUAAGCAUAAUUCUCAUCAGCCUGGCAGCAUUUGGGGUGUACAUCAAGUGCCAUCUCCUGCAGAAGAGUGUGAUGGAGAAAUAUCACCAGGGCCACAGCAGGUUUGUCAGUUUCUACGAGACAGCGCAAGUGGCCUCUGCUCUCACCUACCUGCUGGCCUUCCUGGUCGCCCUGGCCACCGGGAAGCUGUGGAACCUGCUGCGCCUCAACCCCAGAAUGCACCUGAUCAGCAGCACGCUGCGCCGAGCCUGGCAGGAGGUGCUGAGCUUCCUGCUGGUGCUGCUGCUGCUGCUGGCGGGCUACUCCAUGGCAUGUAACCUCCUGUUUGGCUGGAGCAUCGCAAACUACAAGACUUUCUUCAGCUCAUUUGUGACCAUUGUUGGGCUCCUGAUCGGGAUCUUUAACUAUGACACGGUUAUCAACUUAGACCCAGUCUUGGGCUCCUUGCUGAUCACCACCAGUGUCAUAUCCAUGCUGUACGUGGUCAUUAACCUCUUUGUCUCUGGCCUGCUGACAACCUUCAGCGAGGAGCGAGCGUCUACCAGGGCAAACAAGGAUGAGUCCAUGAUGGAAGUGAUGCUCCUAAAGCUCUCGGGCCUGUUAGGAAUUAAGCAGCAGGCCCUGCAGCUGACCAGGCUGGCUGGAGCAGCUGAGAAGGCUGGACCUGUCUGAAGCAUGAGCCCACAGCUGUCAUUUCCAUCCCCCAGAGAUGUGUUUCUGCUACAUAACUUCGGCUGUUGUCUUGAUUAAUCGUUUGCUCCCUCCCCGUGCAUGGCCCAGGGGGAGCAAUGAAGGCGC